UCGCCUUAAAACAACAAAAAAUGAAGACUCUCCUAGUGCUCUUACUCUUCAUCUUCCCUGUUCAUGCUGCAAUCCCAAGCAUUCUUGGAAGCAACUUGAUCAACCACACCUGCAAGCAAACACCCUAUUAUGAAGUCUGUGUGAAUUCUCUUAUCUCAAAUCCUCACAGCUCUAGCACUGACGUCAAUGGCCUAGCCAUGAUUAUGGUUUUAACCAUUGAAGCCAAGGCAACAAAUACCCUUAAACGCAUCAACCGCCUACUUCAACACAGCAGCAGUAGCCUCACUCAAAAGGAGCUACAAGGAUUGAGACAUUGUGCUGAUCGUUACAGUGUGAUUAUUAAGGGAGAUGUCCCACAGGCCCUUGCUGCUCUGCGCACUGGUGACUACAAGUUUGCUCAAGAUGGUGCAGAUGAUGCUGCUACUGAGGCCAUUUCUUGUGAAGAGGAAUUCUCCGGCCAAUCGUCGCCGCUGUCUGAUAUGAACUCGUCUGUGCAUGAUGUCUCGGUCGUGGCUUCUUCCAUUGUUCAUAUAAUUCUAAGGAGUUGAGACG